ACAUACAUUCAGUAAACUUCCUCCAGUACACAGCAAUCAACCAUAAUGGGCUACGUUACGGAUAAAAGGUAUUCGUUGAUUCUUCUAAUUGUUGCGUGCACGAUCUCUGUUAGUGCCGCAUGUGACUGCACCAAAGAAGAUGAACUAUACUCUAUAAGAGGUAUAUCGUCAGGUUUGGUACUAGACGCUUCCAUACCAGAUCAGAUCCAGAUACAACAUUACACAGGACUUCCUGAACAACUUUGGAGGUUUGAGCGGGGUAGCCAUGCUGGUUUGUUCCGCAUUGUCAACAACGCUACAGGAACACCAUUGUCCUAUAAGGAUUACGCUGAAGAUUAUUACAUGCUAACUGUAAAUGAAGCUUCAAAACAAGAGUUUAUGAUUAACGCGAAAGGUACCAUUACCAAUGUAGAAACGACCUGGAAUAUGGACGUAUUCAAUGAUAAACACAAUGCAGGAACUCGAGUGGGAUUGUACCCUGAAAAUGGUGGUACGGCUCAACAAUUCAUCUUGCAGGAAAAGUAUUCUUAUACAACAUGAGCUAUUAUUAA